CGCUGUCGAGGUGUGAGGAACUGAAAACGGCUCUUCGCGCGGCCCGAUAAAAAGCCACUGCAUCCAGUUGUAGAACAAAUAGACAAACGUUUCCGCGUGUGUAUUUACCCGGUAAUGUCGGCAGCAACAUCUGUGGAAACGGAACGGGCUACUGGCAUAUGCUGUCGUCUUGUGACAAGGUGUAGCUGUCUCCAUGGCGACCAGCGUGGUUCCCGGGGACAACCUGCCCACGUAUAAGCUGGUGGUGGUGGGAGACGGAGGUGUGGGGAAGAGCGCGCUCACCAUACAGUUCUUCCAGAAGAUCUUCGUCCCGGACUACGACCCCACCAUCGAGGACUCGUACCUCAAACACACAGAGAUCGACGGCCAGUGGGCCAUUCUGGAUGUUCUGGACACGGCGGGGCAGGAGGAGUUCAGUGCGAUGAGAGAACAGUACAUGAGGACAGGAGACGGCUUUCUCAUCGUGUUCUCCGUCACUGAUAAAGCCAGUUUUGAACAUGUGGAUCGUUUUCACCAGCUCAUCCUCAGAGUGAAGGACAGGGAGUCGUUUCCCAUGGUUCUGGUGGCUAAUAAGGUUGACCUGGUGCAUUUACGCAAGAUCACUAGUGAGCAGGGACGAGAGAUGGCCUCCAAACACAGCAUAACGUAUAUUGAAACAAGUGCAAAGGAUCCACCCAUGAAUGUAGACAAAGCGUUUCACGAGCUUGUCAGGGUGAUACGUCAGCAGAUCCCAGAACGGGGCCUGAAGAAGAAGAGGAAAGCCAAAUGGCGGGCGGACAGACCUUCGGGUUCCCAGAGGCUGCACUGCGUCUUACUGUGACCGCACACCCUCUAUCUCAAUGCCGCGUCAAUGCCGCGAUGAUGACUCCGUGACUUGGACUGUUAAAACACACACGUACACACACACAGCUAUGAUAAUAUCCAGGAACUAAAGGACACAGCUUGAAUAUUCCAUAAUUAAUGAUGGAAUUCCCUAAAAUAUGGAAUUUCGUCCAGUUUUAAUGGGAUUUUCCUAGCAGGUAAAAGCCUGGAUGAAAUGACAGGAUUCUAGCGCUGUUAACUCACGUUAUCUCUCAGAGAACAAUUCAGAGACACACUUUCUGAGGCCUUGUUUUGUAUUGUGUUUCUAUAUUUAUUGUGCUGAAUUCUAUAUUGUUAAGUGAUUGUUAAUACAGCAUAACGGCUUUGAAAACAACAAGGGAACAGACGGUAUUCAAGUUGCACAACUGGGAUAUAUAGGUGCACACAGAAGGCGGGGGAAAUACUGGUUACCAUAGUUAAGCAUUUGUUUUUAUGAAGAAAAUUAAGAUACGUUGUCAGAACAAAAAGAAAAAAAAAGCAUUGGGGUUACACACAACACUAAAAUGUAAAACACGUAAUUAAUAGCACAACGUAUGUACAAGUUUUUUACAUAAAAAGUUUUAUACAUUUUUAAAAACUACAACAAUUUACCAUAAAGUGGUAUUGUUUUGGCUUGUUAAAUAUAAAUACAGUUUUACUACAUAAGGUAAUGUAACAUGCUGUUAACCAGUUUUUUCAGUAAAUUUACUAUCAUCAACUUGUCAUUUUCGUCUCACAAUUAUGAGUUUACGUCUCACUAAUCUGAUCUUACGUCUGGCAAGUACAUUCAGAGUUUACAUCUUGCAAUUCUACGUUUAUCUCGCUAUUCUGAAUUUACGUCUCACAAUUCUGAGCUUACAUCUUGGAAGUUUACAUCUCUCAAUUCUAAAUUUACAUCUCGCAAUUCUGAAUUUACAUCUUGCAAUACUGAGUUUAUAGCCAUGUCUUACAGUUCUGAGUUUACGUCUUGCAAGUUUAAGUCUCGUAAUUCUGAAUUUAUGUCUUGCAAGUUCACGUCUCGCAAUUCUGAGUUGAUACCUCGCAGUUCUGACUUCAUGUCUUGCAAGUUUACAUCUUGCAAUUCUGACUUUACACCUUGCAAGUUGAAAUUUCGCAAUUCUAAGUUUAUCUUACUAUUCUGAAUUUACGUCUCACAAUUCUGAGUUCUGCAAGUUUACAUCUCAGAAUUCUAAUUUUUUAUCUUGCAAUUCUAAAUUUACGUCUUGCAAGAUUAUGUCUCGCAAUUCUGACUACGUCUUGCAAGUUUACGUCUCGCAAUUUAGAAUUUACAUCUUGCAAGUUGGACAUCUCGCAAUUCUAAAUUUACAUCUCGCAAUUCUGAAUUUAUGUCUCACAAUACUGAGUUUAUAUCUACGUCUUGCAAUUCUGAGUUUAUGUCCUUCUAAGUUUACACCUUGUGAUUUUAAGUUUAUAUCUCACAAUUCUAAAUUUGUCUUGCAAGUGUAAGUCUCAGAAUUCUGAAAUUACGUUUCACAAGUUUGUCUUGCAAGAUUUUGUCUUAGAAUUCUUAUAUCUUGCAAUUCUGAGUUUAUGUCUUGCAAGUUUAAGUCUUACAAUUCUGAAUUUACGGCUUGCAAUUCUGAAUUUAUGUCCUGUAAGUUUACUUCUCAAAAAUCACAUUUUGUAUCUUGCAAUUCUGAGUUCUUGCAAGGUUACUUCUCGCAAUUCUCCGUUUAUAUCACGCAAUUCAGACCUUACGUCUUGCAAGUUUAUAUCUUGCAAGUUUGCCUUGAAAGUUUAAGUCUUGCAAUUCUAUGUUUCGGUCUUGCAAGUUUAUGUCUCAAAAUACUACAUUUAUAUCUCACAAUUCUGGCUUUACAUCUUGCAAGUUUACGUCUCGCAAUUCGGAGUUUAUGCCUUGCAAGUUUACGUCUCUCAAUUCUAAAUUUAUGCCUUGUAAGUUUAUGUCUCACAUUUCUGACUUUACAUCUUGCAAUUAUGAGUUUAGGCCUCACAAAUUUAUGUCUCGCAAUUCUAAGUUUAUAUCAGCCAAUUCUGACUUUACAUUUUGCAGGUUUACGUCUUGCAAUUUUGACUUUACGUCUUGCAAUUCUAAGUUCAUAUCUUGCAAAUUCUGACUCUACAUUUUUAAAGUUUACAUCUUGCAAUUCUGAGUUUGAGUUUUGCAAGUUUAUGUCUCACAAUUUUGAUUUUACAUUUCACAAUUCUGAGUUUACAUAUUAAAGUUUAUGUCCCACAACUCAAGUUACAAAUAGUCGCUCUUGCACUCAUGUUAAAAAUUUGGUGGAUAUUCUUAGAUUUUCCACUUAGAAAUGCAUGGGUAACUAUGGUAACCCGGAUUUGUUUAUCCCGACAUUAAACCACACCCCCAUGUGUGUUGUGUCGCUUGUAUCUAUAAAAACUUUGAAAGUUGCUGUUCUUACGUCAGCACCCCAAUGACCAUAUAAAAUGUUAUUAAUCAGGAUUUGACGCCUGGUCUCAAUUAUGUUGCCAUAAAACUGAGUCAAUCAGUAAUUGCACAAAAAACGUUACAGUGUUACAUUUAAGUCAUUAGAUCAAGCGACUGGUCUCGUUUAUCUUUUUCCGCUUGUCCUGAAUGCAUCGUCACUUUACUUUGAAUGUGUUUUCGCUCGUUUCGAAGUUCUCAUUGAUGUUUUGAAUGUAUCGUAUGUUGUUCUAUACGCCAAUUUUGCUUUUGAUGUUUCAAGUCCUGCUUUAGUGUUUAGCAUAUUAAAGGAACAUCGUCCUAGUAGCCCGUUUAGGCGUUUUGUGAUUGUAUACUGCUCUUGUUUUUUCGUGUUAUUUUAACUUUAUGGAAUCUGUUUUGUUUCAGACUGUUUCAGACUGGAUGAUCUUACAUUUUUAGUUUUGUUUGAAACUUGGUGCAAAUUUUGUGGUUUAGUUAUUAUUGACUUUGUUUUUGCUAUUGUUUUUUUUUUAAGUAAUUUAU